AUGCUCGAACGUACGGGCGAUGAGCCACUUCUGGUUCAACAGGACUUGGACACGCCCACGGGUAGGAUGCGUGCGGAGAACUUUGUUUUGCACCACCUCAACCAUGUCCGGGAAUUGAGGUUUCGUGGCUCCGCUGAUGCAUUGCAGGCCGUCGCCGAGGAGUUUUCACAGCCUGCGCCCAUGCUAGAGGUCCUUGAGCUCAUUUGUAACCGAGCAAAAGGCCUCAAACCAGGACUUGUACUCCAUUCCUCAUCCUUUUCCAAAAGCGCUCCACGUUUACAGAGUGUCUCACUGAGGCUUCUACCGUUCCCGGAAUCCUCUUCGUUUCUACAAAACGUUACAAAUUUUUGCUUUGAACUCGAAGAACGCAAUCCUGCCCUUCCAUCCGUGGAACAUCUCCAAUGCGAUCCAGACGAGACGCUUGCGGUCCUCGAUUGUAUGCCUUUGUUGGAAAAUCUCCGACUGCACCAUACCUUCCUCCAUACGUCUGACACCGACGACAUGCUUUAUCGUCCACCAUCACGCUUGGUCAAGUUAUUCUAUCUUCAGACAAUGGACCUGCGGAACACCUAUAUUGGCUGUAUCGUCACACUCAAAGGCCUUCGUAUCCCGUCCUCAUGCCGCAUAUCCCUCGAAUUUCAUUCGUUUACCCCGCGUACCACAGAGGAAGUUGUCCCACUGCUUAACGUCGCACUCAUCGCUCUGGAUGACAUCGUGACGGGACAUCUUCCCACCUUCCGCGCUCUACGCAUCAACGUAGGCAACGACUUCAGCUCAUCCAUCUCAGCUCGCGGUAGGAUGCUCAGCAUCCUCGGUUGGCGCACUCCCAUCCCUGAAGAUCGCAUAGCCGACUUUGACACCCACCCGUAUAUGGACGAGGCACCACCAGAUAUGACGCUGGAGCUCAAACUCGGAGCCCGUCCACUCAAAUGCCGGGACCUCCUUCAGAAGGUCUUUGGGUACUGGGACAUGCGCACCGUCGAUACGCUCUCCGUCCGUUUCCCGAAUCGCACCACCGGCGCCGAGUUCUGGUACGACUUGGCCUUGCAUUUCAAGAAUAUCCGCCAUUUCGUCGUAGAAGUUUCCAAGCUCACUCCUGAAAUCAUGCGUCUCAUCCUCCUCGGACGUAGCCAUCUCAAUCUUCAAGCUCGAAGUCCUCCCGCCAGUCCCAUCCCCACUUUGCAACCAACAUUCGAAACCCUUCACUUUCCCCUUCUCGCAUACCUUGCUUUCCGCGACCAUGCUACAUUCCCAGCCGCAUGGUGGAACCCCAUAGCCUCUGUGUUGAUGGAGCGCAAAGGCAAGGAUGGGGCGUUCGCUUUGCAGACGUUGUGCGUGCCGAGCGGGAUAAAAACCUCCACGCCGGACGCUAGCCUGGACGAGUUGCGGAACAUGGGCGUGGCUGUCAGACUCCGAGCUCCUGUCUCGGGCCCUUAAGGAACAUGUUAUAUAGUUGGAGACGAGUGCGAAAUCGGACUCGGACGAAAGGCUACGAUACUUUGGUGUGGUAUGUUCUGCUUCAGCAUCUGAUGCUAUCGAGUCGUUGUUUUCUUUUUCUGCAGACUUUUUACGCUACAAAUAAGACCCACGUUCUCUUGCUUUUCUAUGAUUCUGUUCAUCCCGUUGACUACACGCUACCUAUGUCGCAAAUAGUUCGAAGUUGUUGAUACCCCUAACGAAUCACAUCCAGCUACACUGUUGAUACGAUACUAUACCGUCUUUGACGUCGUGUGACACUCGUAA